AUGUCAGACCGGAUGUUAAUGUUGGCUGUAGGUCUGUCUGUGGGUUUCCUGUUGUUGCUGCUGUCCUGUGUACUGGUCUGCCAUCUCUGGAGGAGGAGGAGAGGCCAAAAGCAAUACCAGGAACUGGUCUCCACAGUUCCCAAACUACCAGCAUGCACCGCUCCGGUGCUCCUGGUGUCCCAGAGCGCCUGGUUCAGUUCUAAUGAGGUCCCCUUCACCCUGCCCCCUCGCUUCAAGCCUCGCAACCAUGUUCAUGGAAGAAUGGAGGGGGAGGCUGAGGUGGGGAUGGACAUGGAGAUGGAGCAGCCAAGGGACAUUUUGGCUCAUCGUGGAUCACUUACAGUAAGGAGCUGGUACCCAGUAGGUACAGUGUUGGCUGGUCUGUAUUGUGCUCCUAUUCUGAAUGAGGUGGUGGCUCCUCCACCCGGCAUGGCCACCCGUCUGUGCUUUGCGGUAGAGUAUCGACACAGUAGAGAACGGUUAAUGGUCUCGCUGCUCCGCCUUGGCAAUCUCCCACCCCGUUUCCAUGGUAAUGCCACCUUGGUCGAACUCCGGCUCCUCCCUGAUGACCGUCGCCCUCGCCAGGCAAAAGCCAGAGGAACUGGACCUGACCCCGAGUUUAACGACUACUUUGUUUUUCAAGUGUCGAGUGUGUGUGUGUCUCAGAGCUCACUAAGUGUGUGCGUGCUGAGUGUGGAGCAGGGGGGUAAGCGCCAUGCGGUGGGCAGGGUGUUGUUCCCCCUGGAGGGGGAGCUAGGUCAGGCCGGCAGGGUGCUCUGGAGAGACUUGGAGACAGAGGAAGACACUCAGUGUUCUGAGCUAGGUGAUGUGCAGGUAUCUCUGAACUACAGUCCAUCGUUACAGCGCCUCACUGUGGUAGUAUUGAGGGCACGUGGCCUACAGCUGCUAACAGAGACAGGUGUGUGUGUACUGGUGAGUCUGCAGAUACACACUCAGGUGGUUAAGACCAAACAAAGUUCUGUGGUAAAGGGGGAAGUCGACCCCUACUUCAACUACAGGAUGACCUUUAAACUCCGACCCCAGCAGCUGGACGAGGCCUGUGUGCGGUUGGAGCUGCAGCAGCCAAACACCAUUCAUUCAGAUCCUCCAGCUCUGCUAGGAGUGGUGGUGUUAGGUCCUUUCAUGUAUGCUAGAGGGCCACAGCUGCAGCACUGGAUGGACAUGGUCAACACACCACAGGAGUUGGUUAAACAGUGGCACGGACUGGGCAGGGGCAUUUGA